AUGAAUGCGCUCGAGCAGUCCCUUGGGUCCUUGGAUCUCGGCGUUCCCAUCCCCCAAGUGGAAGGAGCAGAGGUGCUUGCCAACCCGCUAGAUAUCUAUCGUACCUACUUUGGGCAAAUACUGGCAAUAGCGCUCGAUUGUGACAUCAGCAUUGCCUACAAGUCGAUACAAUGGCCGAACAACAUCUCCAACGGAGAUCUUGCUGUCAUACUUCCAAAGCUUCGGCCUGGCACUAAAGCAGAUGCAGUAGCUGUUGAGCUCAUGGAGAAGGGGAAGCACCUGCGAAGUACGGUUAUCGGUGCCUUCAUAGGCCGACUAUACGCAUCGAUGGGAUGGGACGUGGCUCGCGUCAACUACCUCGGCGACUGGGGAAAGCCGAUCGCAUUGCUGUAUGUUGGAUGGGCAAAGUAUGGUUCAGAAGAGGCGUAUGAUACAGACCCAAUUGGACAUCUCCUGGAAGUCUAUCGCAAGAUUGAAGAGGACUUUAAGCCUGAACAGGCUGCAAGCAAGCAAGCUCGUGAUGAAAUGGCCAAAGAGGGGGGGGAUAAAGGCGAGGCGCAGGUUGAGAUUGAAAGCAGGGGCAUUUUCGCGGAGCGAAACGAAGCCUUCAAGAAACUCGAGGAAGGCGACGAAGGACUUGUGGCGUUUUGGAAGCGUGUACGAGAUACUAACAUCGCAAACUAUGCAAAGUUUUACGACCGACUGGACAUCCGCUUCGACGAAUACUCUGGCGAGUCACAAAUUAGUCCUGAUACCAUGGUUGAGGUCGAGCAAAUGUUGAAAAAUAAGAGUUUAUCUGAAGAGAGUGGAGGUGCCUGGAUCGUACACAUGCAGAACAUUGGUGCGAAAGCCGGGACCGCUAUUAUUCGCGAUCGCUCAGGAAGUAGCACGUAUCUGCUACGAGACCUUGCCGCAGCGUUGGAGCGCUCGAGAAGGUACUCAUUCGACAAGAUGAUAUACGUGGUAGCUAGUGACAAUAGCGUACACUUCACCCAGCUUACCAUGAUUUUGGAGGCCUUGGACAUGAAGGAUCUUGCGGAUAGGCUACAGCAUGUCAAGUUCAAUGAGGCGUCUAAGAUUGUGACAGCCCUGGGAAGAGGGUAUACUCCACAAGGCAUACUCGACAAAUGUGAGGAGGCGAUGGAAGGUCUUCAAGAAGCCGAUAACGAUAAGCUCGCGUCGAUGGGUGAUUUGCUUUCGAACGAAGACUACGAACAGUUGGUGGAGGAGGAGCAGCAUAAUCUCCUGCGCAUCCUGAUGCAGUACCCAGAGGUGAUGGAUACCACUUUCCACUCGCUCGAGCCGUCCAGCAUAGUCGCUUACCUUGCUAUCGUGACGGAGCAACUUGCUGAGUGCUUGGAAGAGGACGACAUUCCCGGUGUCGGAAACAACCAUUCUUUUUUUGCUCUUGCAGCGACCUUUUAG